AUCAUCCUCGAUCCAUCUCUCGUAUCCACCGACUUUGACGAACUUAGAUUCGAAAGCGCUGCGUUUAGCCAAUUGCAUGUGCCCCCAGAGAUCGGCCAGCAAACCAUUCACAAGGACAUUGCUUCCAUGGAGCGCCUACUCUCUUCUAACCUAGUAUCCUCCCCUUACAACAUCACCAGCCACUACCUCUCUCUCAAAACUCUCACUACACCCAACCUCAUCUUCGCCAAGGCCCUCACAGCGCUAAAGCCCGUGCGUUCCGACUACGCCACCGCCCCAUACCUCCAAUCCCUCAACUUCUCCACGGUCCUUGAGCUAGUCCGAACCUUUGCCAAAGACGAAGGAAUCGAGUGGAAAGAGCAGAGUUUCUACGUCGUGAUUUUCCGCUCCAAGCUACGAGAAGGUGUAGACGCCGAGCUGCUAUAUCAGCUCGAUUGCGAGAGCCAUCGCGAGGCGUGUGAGAGUGGUGGGUUGUUAAAGUAUUGGUUUGGGAGGGUAGAUGGAGAGAGGAGGAAUCUUGCCACUUGCUUCUGGAGUUCCCGCGAAGAUGCCCGUAAAGGCGGCCUUGGCCCCUGGCAUAAGAAAGCUCGGGCUGCAGGCCGCGAACUGUACGAUUCAAUCAUCUUCUCUACCCACCGUUUCACGAUUCAGGAUGGAGUGGAGGGCUUUAAGUUCGAAAAUUGG